GGUGCUCCAGGCCAGUUUGGUCUCGUAUCUUCGGCUGCUGGUGACUUUUGAUUCGGGGAAGGCGACGGAGAGGGACACGAACGAGAUGUGACUGGAGUUCGUAUUAUUGUUGUGGGAGCUGUACAGUUAGUGUUGGAUUUCGUUUGGACCUAAUAUACUUGGAUGAGACAUACAUACUCAAUGGAAUGUUCCCUUUGUUCGAACUAUUGCAAGUCCGAAUGAAAGCCGUCUGAAACUCAAGACAAUGGCACAUCCACUGAACAGUCGUCCGUCAUAUAAACGAGCGGGGAGUUCAGGACACAUACCAGUAUUUCAGCGCCCGACUUUAAAUCGGAUGGAGAACCCAGGACGGUUGCUUCGACGACCAUCAUUAAAAGAGGUGGGAAGCUCUCGACACCAGUUUCAACCACCGUCACUUAACCGCGAUGAAGGAAACCCUGGACUCCUACUUCGACGAAGACCAGCACUUAAUCGAACGAUGUGCUCUGGCCUCCUGCUUCAGCAACCGUCAUUAAACCACACGGGGAGAUCUGGACUCCUGCUUAGGCGCAGAAAAACAGCUCCAGAAAACAUUGCGACAGGACACUCCCCGAGACCAGGACUUGAACAUGUGUUCGAUGCGACAUCAGUUCCUGCCAGUCCGAUGCGGACAAGCUUCGCGGAACCCGGAGCCCCGCGACAGUCGGAGACAGGUCCACCUAGCCCUCCGCGGCGGAGACUCUACCGCCUAGACUGGGAGGCUGACAAUCCCCUCGCAUUCUCAUCGGGCGUUCUGCAACAUUCAAGUCGUCUGUUUAGCAAGGCAGAGUUGGAUAUUUGGGGUCCACAGGCUACGGGCAGGGAGGACCCGAAGUGGCAGAAGAGAAAGAUGGAGAUCACCAGAGAUCUGCUUGGGAAGUUUAGCCUCGAAAAAACUAUUAGGAAAUAUGAAUGUCUGGAGCCAAUGGAGUAUAGACUGGACCAAAGGUGUUUUAGCAUUCACUGUGCUGCUGAGUCUGAGGUAAUCCGUAAGCGCAUGCUCUACCUGAUGGGGACCGACGUGUGCCGAAUCAACGACAAGAAGUUCAUCGAGAGGCUCCAGGUGCGAGUCCAGGAUGAAUACGAGAAAGAACAAGAAAAUAAAGAGCGCCAGUUGGCAGAGAAGGAACGACAGAGACAGAGACGGUUGAUUUCAGACGGCGUGAUGACAGCCGAGCAACUCAGGGAGCAGGACUCGACCAAAUGGAGGAAACAACGCCGAACGAGAACGCCUCCCCCAGGCGAGGAGCAAGACAGAAAAUUAGUCCAGGAGAAGGCAAGGCCGAUUUCUUAUCAUGACAAGAAGGACAAAGACAAGGGGAAACAUAAAGGUUCUAAGGAGGAGGAAAACCAACAGACAAAAGAGGAUGAAGACGGCGACGACAACAGCCAGAAAGAAAAGGGAGACGAUGAAAAACAAGAAGGUGAAGGAGACGAGAAUGGUGCGGAUGGAGAAAACCAAGAGGGUGAAGAUGGGGAGAACCGAAAUGGAACGGAAGAGGAGGGUGCCCAGGGGCAGGAGCAAGAGAUAGACGAUUCUGAAGGGUGGCAUUGUGAUUCAGACCGUCCUAACUACAGGGCGAGGAACGAUGACCCGCUGAUUAAAAAACUCCGGUAUCAAGAGACGACGGGUGGAAUCUACCAUACCGCAAAUGAAGUCCUACUGGGAGAGCCAUGCGGAGAGGAAUGUAAAUUCUGAAAGCGACAUCGUGCCUGUGAACCAUAUUUACAUUAGCACAACCACGUUCAUUGUUCAUUUCAAUUAUUAGGAGAGGUUUUCUUCAGCACCUCUGCCUUGCUUGACUGUGAUAGACGCUUCCUCGCCACUUUUGAAGGACAGUUUGAAACCUGUACGGAGUUCAUUUCCAUCUGUUACCACAGUCAUUUUGUCGAAGUGAUUUCGAGGACGACUCUGAUUCAUGUCACAGCAGACCCGGAGCCACGAAGAAUGAUAAGCGACUGGCACAAGUGGGUCGCGGACAGGUUUUCAUUUCAAAGAUGGUCAACCGUCUUUCAAAUUAGAGUAUAGUGACCGUGUAAGAGGUUCGAGCAAUGUAUGGGUUUCUGACCAAAUCUCUGUAUAAUCUAUUGUCACGAGAUGCGUCUUUUGUAGCUAUCUUUAUUAUUUCUUGGAAGCUUUUACUAUUUUUGUUUUAGCAAGAAUUCAUAAAGACUAUUUAUUCUUGCUUUAGUAAUCUAGUUUUAGCUGAUUCCAGCCCACUACUGUCCGUCCAGUUUGCAAGCUUGUAAUCUUUCUAUGAAUCGUAGAAAAAUGAUGUAUUUGAUAGUUCAUGCAAUCAUGUCCAUGUCUAUUGAUAUAGAAUUUAUGUUUAUAUCACACGCUAAAUACAUACGAAAACAUUCCAAUUACUGUAAAUAUCAUAUUUUGUAAAUAUGCAUGCAUUGCAUACCAUUAGUUAGUUUUGUUUGUUACCAUGGUUACUGCAUCUUCUUUGAAGAACUGUAGGCCUAUAUUCAUUCGACUUUCUGCUGCUGGCGAUUUCAAAUAAUUCAGUUAAGUUCUCUGAAAAGGCGUCUUCGAAUACCAGGGUCAGUUGUGUGCUCCUCCCUUCGCACUCACAUCAGCUCAGUAAAUGCGGAGUAAAAGGCACUGAAGCUCAGCUGUAGAAUAGGAUGACCGCCUAAUCUUUGGACGUACAGGAAAUGAGAGAGCCAUAUGUCAUGUAAAUGUGUAGUGUCCAUAGCUUCACCAAGAAUCACUGAAGCAACUUUGUGGUAGACUCCCUGGGCAGUCCAUUGCGCCAUCCUAAUUGGAUCUCCUUAGGGUGAGGGACGAGGCCGGUCCAGUGCGUUCGGAGUGUACUUUGUGGAGGCAUCACCUUCCAUUCACUCCUACGUCUCGGGAAAUAGAUGUCUAAAAGUUUUCUAUUUCGCGGAAAGGCGUCACUGCUUUGGGAGUGUAGGUCUGCAUCCUCCAAGUUAACCCAAUCCUCUUCCGUUUAUCCACCCUCCUGUUAACAUAAUCAUCGGGAAGGACAGUGCGAGCAACGUGGGAAAGACUAGUUGGCUACUGUGAUUGGGCAUAUAACUAGAGGGUCAGCCUCUUUCGAUGUAAAAACACGCGUGCUAUGUAUCACAUUCAAUUACUUAUGCAGAAUAAAGCUCUUUGCGAUUUUGAAAAUA